AUCAUCUGCUUCCGUUACUUAAGGGCACUUUCGUAACCACACCUUCCUAGAUGCUCUUCUUCCCCUCCCUCUUCCCCCUGACACACUCUCUCUCUUCUUCGAGCGAUCUCUUCUCUGGCUUUUAGGGUUUCAAAUGACCGCAAAGUCGUCGAAGAAUCGAAGAGACGGACCGCCGAUGGACGGGGCUGUGGCGUCUCAUUCGAGCGGGGCAGCGGCUGUGAGGGCGGAGAUUGACACGUCGGCGCCGUUCGAGUCGGUGAAGGAGGCCGUGGACCGAUUCGGCGGGAGCGCCGUCUGGAAGUCGCAGCCGAAGCAGCUAGUUAAUCCCGAAAAGCACCAGUGCUCUGAGGAUGUCGAGGUCAUAAAAGUGGUGGAACAGGCAGCACAGCUGGAGAAAGAUCUUAUCCUGAAAGAAAGGGAAACACUUGAUGUAUUAAAAGAGCUUGAAUUAACCAAAAAGAUCGUGGAUGGUUUGAAAUUGAGAUUACAAAAAGAAACCUCAGAUGCCACUGCAAUGCCGGCUAUUGACUCAUAUGAUGUAUAUGUUCAUCCUAUUCCUGAAGAUGAAGAAUAUGAACACAGUGACCUCGAGAAGAAUGAGGCUAUGGAUGACCCAAGCAUAGGGGUGAACCAAUUUCCAGGACUGAUUUUAGUGGAACUGGAACAGGCUAAGGCAACUUUAAACAGGACAACAAGUGAUAUGGUUGGUUUUCGAACUUCCAUCAAAAUGCUGAACAUGAAAAUAGAGGAGGAAAAACUCUUACUUGAGAAUGUCCGGGAAAAGCUGACAGUCAGGACUGCUUUGAUUUCCUUCCUGGAGGAAGAUCUUAAUCAGACAACAGCAAAAUUGCAAAAGGUCAAAGAUUUAGAGAGUAAAAGAUGUGAAGAUCCCUGUAGUUUUUUGCAAGAAAUCAAACAACUGAACUCUGAGAUAGAACAGUCAAAGAAGACGAUGGAAGCUACAAAAAAUGAAGUUACUAAGCUGACCUCUGAGAUUGAGCAGACAAAGGCUAGCAUCAAGACGGCUGAAUUCCAAUGGUUUGCGGCUAAGAAAACGGAAGAAGCGGCCAAAGCAGCAGAGGCUGUGUCUCUUGCUGAUAUAAAAGCUUUAAUGAGCAGUAAUAAUUUAAUCACAGGUCUUCAGGAUGCAUGUGGCAUAACCCUUUCAGUGGAGGAGUACAUCGCCUUAACAAGUAAAACUCAAGAAGCAGAUCUAGCCUCUAGAAAGAAAAUUGAAGCUGCCAUGCUUCAAGUAGAUGAAGCAAACCGGUCUAAAUCAGAGUUACUAAUGAAGGUGGAAGAAGCAACUGCUGAGGCAAAAAAAUGCAAGAAAGCUCUUGAAAAUGCCCUGAAUAGGGUAGAGGCGGCAAACAGAGGGAAGCUCACAGUUGAAGAUGCUCUGCGGAGGACGAGAUCCGAACAUGGUCAGAAGAGGCACAGUGUUCAAAAUUCUACGAAGUUCAAGAACUAUGCAGCUCACCACGGCAAGGAUUCCCGUGUGCUUGACUCGAACGGCUCAACUUUAGUUUCCGUCAAGCCAAGCGGUGGUUUAUUAAGGGCACCAUUGUCAAUUGGGCAAAUACUGAGCAUGAAGUUGAUGGAUCCUGAUUCUCCGGAGGAGUAUGACCAGGGAGUAUGGGAGAAAGAAAACGAGAAGCCAAAGGUUUCACUGGGUCAAAUGCUGAACAAAAGGCAUGGAGUUUUGUCUCACCAGGGGGACAUCAGUGUGUCUCCUCUCAAGCAGUUUUCUGCAAAGAGGAAGAAGCUAGGCUUUGUCAGCCUGCCGCUGAUCUUGGCAAAGCAAAGCAAGAAGAACAAGAAAAGAGGCAGUCUUUGAGUACAAGGCAACUGUGUGUCUUUUGCCUUUCUUUUGUAAUUUUAUGUUGUCAUGAAUCGGAUUUUAGUUUCCUAUGAAUACAUAUGUAAGGCUCUAAUUAUAAGGUAUUUCUGAUAUAUGUAUAGUAUUGCAGCUC